AUGCAUGAAGGGCGAUCGGCGACAGUUCGUCUGCUGGAUGGCGAAUGUCUGGAAAUUUCCGUGAUCGCCAGACUUUCCGUGAACGACGUGCUUACGCUGGCCGCACAUCAUUGUCGACUUCAACAAUCCGAUGCCCGCUAUUUUGGACUCGCAUUUGUUGACAACAACGAUCAUUACCAUUGGCUUCAACCUGGAAAACAUUUGUUGGACUACGAAUUCCCCGGUGAUAAGGCUGUGAUUCAAUUAACGCAUAAUGUUCGAUUUUUUGUUGACUCAAUAGUAUCCUUGGAAAAUCCAGCCGUUAUUGAAGCAUUUUUUCUUGAAGCACAUCAACAAUUUGUUAAGGGACAACUCGAUCUUUCAAAUAUUGAUUACGUUCGAGUCGGUGGUCUCCUACUACAAAUUUAUCGUGGUGAUUGGAGCGAUGAUCCUUCCGUAUUGAAUGAUAUGGAUUCGCUGGUCCCGUAUCAUUCGCGGUUGCUCAGACAGUACGGUUUGAAUAAAACGUCGUUUGAGAAACAGGUAUUGAUGGAGUACGCUCGAUUACGAGGGAUUCAACGUGGUUCGGCUAUCGUUUCGUUCAUGCAAAUUGUCGAGCAAUGUUCCAAAUACGGUAGCCGAUUGUAUCGUGUAUGCGAGAGCGGCGGUUCCCCAUGUCUGUUGUCCAUAAAUAGUCGUGGAAUUCAACUGUACGAGAAUAUGGACACUUUUCGACCGAAAGAUAGCUUCUCAUGGAGUCUUCUGGAUAAUCUCUGCUACAAAGAUAGCACAUUUUCUAUAGAAGUACGUGAUCCAAGGUCUAAACAAAUCCCAGAUUUGAAUGCAUACGGUAGUACGUUAGUUCCAGACGACGAUUUAGCGCAGGCAGUGAGUGAUCCAACCACUAAAGUUUCUAUAUCUCGUCGGUGCCAACAAUCAAUUCCGGCUGGGAUUUGUGUGCACACAUUCGUAUGUGAAUCGGGUUUAUUGUGCCGGACUAUUUGGAUAACCGCAAUCUCACAACAUCAAUUUUUUCUCGAUCAAAAAGAACGGGAACAGCGUGGACGACCUGCCGGAUCUGCUGUUGAUCAUCGAGAACUGGGCGAGAGGCUAAAUCGACUAGUCAGCAAAAGUUCCAUCGGAUCCAGUUUGCCGUCAUUGAGUUCCCUCCACUCUUCAUCAUCGCUCAAUACGAUGCCGUCGGCGAAAGUGGCGGAUGGAUCUUGCGCGAAUCUUCCGACGUUGAAGAAUGGACUAAGACAGAAAAGUGGCGAGGAUCGACAGCGCGACAUCGAAUUGUACAAAGUUCUUCGUGGAAGAAAAGCGGAACUGGAAGAAUUGUUGAGAACACGCAUUAAUGAACUACGAUCAAUCUGUUUACGGGAAGGAGAAAUUACUGGUGAGAUGCCGGAAGAAAUCAAAACUACGCUGAGACCGGGUGAAGAGAUGCCAAAAUUAAAGAAACGAGUCGGCACAUCGUUCUCAAUCCCGGAGGAAAUAUUGAAAUGUGAUAAGGCCGACAAAAUCAGUCAACUAGAGACCGAUGUCGAGCUGCAUAAAAAAAUUGUUGCCGCAGCUGAACGUCUUGCAAAGGACAAAACCAUGAAUAAAAGUGUGCGAAAGAAGAGGCAAAAGGAUUUGGCUGCAGCUGCUAUGAAAUUACGAGGUUUGGAAUUAGGAUUGAAUCAAAUGCGAUUGAGCGCUAGUAAACCGGAUGUUAGCUCACUUGAAAGCAAUGGUAGUGGAGGAUCAUGGACUCCAUAUCCACAAACGAACGGUAACCCUGCUUUGACGAGAGCGGUUGCGAAGUCGUGUCCGACCACACCGCGCGGGUCCGUGCCGGAUUUAUGUCCUUCAAACGGUGAAAAAAGUGACUACGAGGAUGAUGAACAAGUUCAACGACGAGCUCCGAGCUCGAUGUCUCGUCGUUCGCUGCAUCAACGAUUCUCGGAAGCAUCCACGUCAAGUAACGGUUCACUUGGCCUCCCACCACGUGCAAAUUCACGACGUAGCGUUGCAACUCGAUCCAUAACCAGUGACGAACUCGAUAACCCGCUAAUCAACUCUGUACCCGUUCCUGAGCAAGCCCCUAUCUACGAAAACAUUGGUUAUCGGUCGACCUCGUAUCGAAGCAGCUAUCGCCAAGCUCACUAUCCUACACUUCAGGACGAGCAACACCUACGAAAGAGAGCGUUGUCGGCUCAUUCCAUAUCGCAAACAGAUGUUCCGAAUAGCGUUGGUUACAGUACUCGAAUUGAGAACACUUCGUUUCAAUUCAAACAAACGGCGAAGUCACACAUCCCUGAGGAUGAUGAUCUCACACCAACCGUGGAACAUCCAGAACCAUUGCGACGACUACCUACUAGUUUCUCUUGUCAAGCUGGAUUUUCUACGGCGAGUCUGGAUAGGAGAGCUAUCGUACAGAGGCCUUCACCGUCAGCAGCAAAUGGAGCCGUCGCCUCAACACGACAUGCACAACAGUUCUCGAUUUCUCCGUCCCGAGGUCAUUCUCCCAAUGCUCAUCGCAUCACUACCUUUCCAGUUUGCAGUCCAUUGACCGGUGGCUUUGAUAGGAAACCGUUUUCUUCGUCGGAUCUGCCUCGUUUCCCAGCGAUGACAAAUCGUCCCGGUCUGGUGCAGUUCGCGUCUCACGGCUAUCAACUAAGUCGUGGUGUGCCAGCAUCAAGUUCGGCCGGAAAAUUACCAGCACAUGCGGAUCCGCAUAUGGAAGCGCUACUCGACUACUACAAAGGGCAGUCGAACCAGUCCGCGUCACCAAAAACUGCCACAAUAGUCUAA